UUCACUCCGUCGAGCCUCCGGCAGUCGGCGAGAGAGAGAGAAAAAACCCUAGGUUGAACACUUGGCUUUAAUUGCUUUUUUUACGAUUAUAUAUACGUAUUAUUCGACACUCUCCAAACCUUAACCCUACAAUUACCAUCAUCGUUUUUAAGGUUUUAGUUACCAAGGUUACAAGUUUCAAGAUCUCGUUUCGAAGCAACAAUAAUCUUUUAUCUCCUGUCUUACCCGAUGGAUUCAUACAGCUACGGCUGCAAAUGGAAACCAAGAAAAGUUUCAGCAAAACGUGAUUUUCCAGAUCAGUUUUAUGAUGAGAACCGAUGUGUUAAAAAACACAAAGCGUGUGAAUCUGAAGAGGUGGUUGAAGGUUCUGCCGAUAAAGAAUUGGAUUUCAUUCCUCUUGACACAGAAUCGGAAUCGGAAUCUGUGUAUAGUGAAAAUGAUGGUUCUGGAACAUGCGGUUCAAGUUAUGACAUUAUACCGCGAAUUGUUAAUGUGGCAACGUAUGGUUCGGAUGAGGGGAUAGAGAAGUUGGGUGUUUAUAAUGAAGUCAGAAUUCAUGGAGCGUGUUUAAAAGAAAUAAGAUGGUAUGAAACGGAGGACGGUUUGAAGAUUGAAUUCUCAGUUGAAAAGUUAAAGAAAGCGUGUCAAUGAUGGAUCGUUUGGGAGGGCCUGUGAGAGUGUUGGUGAUAAUGUAACGAAUGAGAGUGUUAGUGAAGAGGUUUGUUCUAGCCGAAGACGAGUUGCAGCUGUAAGAAGUUAUCCUCCAGGAUGUGGACGAGUGAUGAAGAUUGCAUAGAUGGAUGAAUUUAAAAAGUAAAUGUUGAUCAUGUGGCAGAAGACAGACGUAGUUUGAUGUCUAUGGAGAAUAUAAUGAUUUGUAGAAAGGUUCGUUAAAUAUGGUAGAAGCUAGCAGGGUUGGAUUUAAUUUGUCUGUUUUGUUAGAAACAAAUGUUGAUCUUUUAUAUAAGUAAUAUGAUUCUUUGUUCUUAAAACUAGUUCUUGUGAUAACUCCUGUUGAUGGAUUUGUUCCACUUG